AUGGUUGCGUGGAUCAUGACGGAUACGAAUCCCCGACAAUGUCCACUUGACAGAAGACGUCUGACGGAUGCAGGAGAGAUUUAUUUGACGUUGGCCGAAUAUAAACAGGCAUACAUUGAGUAUCUCCAAGCAACAGAUGGCGGGGACCGGGAGCCCACUUCGUUUCUCAAAAUGCAAGAAUACGGGCCCUGGUGUAUUGAUAAGGCCCAGGACAUGAGCCUGGUGGACGUGAGCUGGCCACUCUUGCUGGUGGGAUUUGUUAUGCUUCAACUGCGGUCCAUCUCCACAAACAGCCACAGCAACUAG